AUGAGAGUAGAAGAAUACAGACACCAGGUUGGGGGGCACUGCAAACUGAUAAAACCGAAGGACUCAUCGAAAGUGUACAAACCGCUUAUAGAAAAUGAAUACAUUUUCUAUAAGAAGUUGGCGAACUUUGGAGCGUCUUCCGCGGAGUCGGGGCCAUUACACAUUUUGAAAAAAUUCAUCCCCAAGUUUUAUGGAGUGACUGAAAUCGUCGUUGAGUAUUCCUCCUCGUCCGAGACGGAGGACAACCUAGUUAACAAAAAGAACACGCGAAAUGAACGGAGUGGUAGUAAGGGUCGAAAAUAUUUCAGUUUGGAAGGGCGCGAUGGGAGAAACGAACUGGAGGACCAACGGUUAAACCAAGUGCCCAACGAACCGGUAGCCAAACCACCUCACGGCGAGCCCGAAAAAGGAGAAAAGGACGCGGAAAGUGACAAGUGCGCCAAGGGGAAGAAGCGAAAGAAAUACAUCGCGCACAUCGUCUUGGAAGAUCUCGUAUACGGAUUUAAGCGACCAUGUGUGCUGGACAUCAAAAUGGGAAAAAGACAAAGAAAAAUAGGUGCGUCUUUAGAAAAAAGAAAAAGACAAGUAGAAAAAAGUUUUAGAACAACUAGCCAUUCUCUAGGAUUUAGAUUAUGCGGUUGCCAACAUUACAACAAAAUAAAUGACAAAUUAUUUUAUAAAGAUAAAUAUUGGGGUAGAAAUUUAACAAAGGAAAAUAUCCCAUGGGCAAUUCGAAAUUGGUUUUGGAAUGGUGUCUUACUGUACGACGAAUUGAUUCCAUUACUGCUAGAAAAAUUACAUCGAUUUUUUAAUUGCAUAAUGGAGUUACGACACUAUCGAUUUUGGUCGUCUUCCCUUCUGUGGGUUUUUGAUGGCGGACUGAAUGACGAAAAAGCGAGAUCAAAUUCGCUAGACAUACGAAUGAUAGAUUUUGCCAAUACCAUUUAUUUACAAGAUAACCCAUCUGUGGAUGAUGAAUAUAUCUUUGGUCUUAAAAACUUAAUUCAUUCCAUGCAGAUCCUAAACAACACCAUUCAGGGAAUGAAUUUUUUGCCCCAUGAAAUUAGUACUUGUUUCUAUUCUGAAAAUUGUAAACCCAGGGAAAAUUCCUGUCGUCCCAUUCUUCAGAAAUCCAACUCAGCCGCUUUGGAGGAAAAAUUAAAAAAAAAGAAAAAAAAUCUGUACGUAAAUUUUGAAUUUUUAAAAAGUACCAAAGCGAGGCGCAAAAGUAGUAAUGUUUUUUCAAGUCACGUGGCAGGGUCGUUGGAAACCCAGCUAGCAGAUGGAUCACCAAAAGGGAUAAGUGAUGACGGAUUAGCAUUUCAACACCUUAACAAAUUUAUGGGGAAGAAAAAAAAAAAAAAAAUCUGGAAUCAAGUUCAGUACUUUAGUAACUCCGAUUCACCCAUCGGGCACCAAAUGAUCCUUUCUGCAUGUAGCACCCCAGUGGCAAGAUUUCACAACAGAGAGGUGUGCUUGAGUGGUUGGUUAGAUGAGACGCUUCCUAUGAAUGUAGCCCACAGAACUAGGGGAAGUCCCCAUUUCAAUAUCCCCCCCAUACCUGUUACCAGCGUGGACCACACGGAUGAUGGUCCAGCUGCAGCCAAAUAUUCGCAUGGAAGCGAUUUUCAGGAACAGGCGAAUAUAAUCACUUUUAGCGAAAGUGCAAACGGACUCGUGGGAAAUGAUGUUCUAGCGUUAGAAGCACUUCAAAUAGACCACAACAUAACGAGUGACCACCACUCGGAAAUUCCCUCAAAGGGGAAGGAACCCGUUGCCCCAAUACAUUUGGUCGAGCAUUCCAAACAGGCUCACUCCACAGAUGAAUACGAACUUGUAGACCUACCGAAAAAGACAACUAACACAACUAAACAGAAUGACACUUCAGAACAAGUGCCAACGGAUAACCCCAUCGAUGAGGCAAAAAUCGUACGAUUCGAAUCGGUGCAUAUAGAGUGUGAUAAUGCGAUAACGACUAAGCAUGAAACAGAUCGGAGGAAUCGCCAGACAGGGGGAAGCAUAAACGACAUGGAACAGGUACAAACAAAUUCCUCUUGGAAAAGUAAAAAUAAAAAUUGCCAUCCCGUAAAUCACGUCGAAGAAGAAGAAGCAACAAAUGGAGAAACCGAAAAGGGAAAAUUUUCGCUAACUCAGGAUUGCCAAAAUUUUGUGAACAAGUCAGAUGAAAAACGAUCGAACAUCAAUGCGCAGCUUCUUAAAACUCGUGAAAACGUUUCUUCCAUGUUGGGAAAUGCAGAUUUAUUUGGAAGGGGUAACUCAGAGGAGUGGCACGAGAACAAUCUGUAUGAACAAGUCAUACAAGGAGUUAUAGCGAAGACGUUAAAAGUUGCCUCCAUGUGUAGCCGAAGGGACAAAACUGCCUCUCCUUACAUUGUGAAUAAGACUCCUGUAAAUGGGAACUUCAUGAACAGGAUCGAAGAUGAAAGGGAAGACGAUGGAUGGCGCAAGGAGGGUAAGCCAACAAGACACGAAAAUGUCUUUACAAAUUUUUGUGAGUCAAGGGCGAAAGGUAGACCUUACAAGCACGAGUAUAUUGUCUCAAGUGAAGCGAAUAGAAAUGAUGUUGCGCAGAAUGGGGAUGAAAGGACAGAUAGGACGGGAAGCUACCCGAAGGGAAGCGACGCGGGGAUGGAGAUAAUGCAGGAACGCAGAAUCGAAAACAAUAAUGAGCAGCAAGACAGGAAAAACAUCAGGCAAAACUUGGGGGAGACAGGAUCCCACAUUCAGGCGUACACGCAAGGGGACUUAAAGCACACCAUGCUCAAAAAAAGGGAGCAUCCUAUUGGAAGCGUACUGCGGCCCAAAUUCCCAAGCGCUUCGUUGAUGAGUGAAUCACAAUGGAAUCUUCUAAACAGAAACAUAAACCUCAAAGUGUUCAUCAAUCAUAUGAUUAAGAAAGAAAUUGAAGAAAAGAAGAAGGCACAGGAGUAUCUGUACCUUUUAGUGAAAGGAAGAAAGGAACUGGACCUGCGAGCCCUACGCAGGGAACACGUCUCCGAUAGCAACAAGGACGCAGUGGGAUUGUCGUGUACGGAGCAAAAGGGGCACACACAAGGCAAAGUAGGUAGAACGAGCGCAGCCACCGGACGUGGAAAGAACGAAGCCAAUGACCCCCCCUCAGAAACAGCAAGAAGCGAACUGCCCCCCAUACAUAACCCUUAUCUCUCACAAAAAAGACUCAGCUAUAGUUACAGUCACCGUAACACCCACAGUCACUCCCACAAUUGCAGCCACAGCUACAGCUCAGACUCGGGCCUGAUUUACAAUAGAAGUCUGCUAGUGGGGGGCCUGGAGAAGAUGCUAAAAAAGGAAGCGGGAAUUAUCAACAAGAGGUGCAGUUCCUGCACAGAUAUAACCUUGAGAAUAAAAAAAGGAAAAAAUAAGAAAAAAAAAAAAAAAUAUAUAAAAAAAAAACUUUUUAAAAGAAUUAAAUUAUUAUCGGCUAUGAGAAAUAACAUAAUGAAAUCAAGCCCAAAAUUAAUUUUCUCCAAUUAUACGGUUCCUAAUCAACAUUGUGAGGCACGUUCCAUUGAUUACUCACUAAAGAGCGAUUCCAUUAGCAGAAUUACAGAUGAUUUUAACGUCUUCACCCCGGAGCAUAGGAGCAACCGAUACGUUCACUCCGUCAUCAGCCAGAGACACAACACACACAUCAAUCGCGCAACAAAUAAGCAAACGGCCUAUAACACAUGCCGGGAGAAGAACCUGAUUGUACCCCUAAUAGACAACAAUGCGAGGGAGAAGUACCUUCGAAGGUCCAUGUCCGAACCCAACUUGUACAAAUUUGGAUACUUGAGAUGCAUCCCUAACGAUUUUAAUGACACCAAAAUUAAUUACAACAGUUUGGUGGCAAGCAGGUUGGAUAAGAUGAGUAGGAUUCCCAUUUACAACCAGAUAUAUGGAUUUACGUCAAACUCGAGUGACAUGGAUUCGUCCGAUGUAUCAUGCGACUACUAA